AUGCCAGAAAAUAAAGAUUUUGAUUUAGAAGAACCAUUGACUUCUACCUCUAGACCUUUGACAGAUUCCGUUUUGACAAUUAGAGUUAUUAAAUCAUUCCCAUACAGAAAUGUUAAGAAUUUUGUAUUACCUAAUUAUGAUUUGAAAAAUAAAAGUGCAAAAGAUUUAUUCGAAGAUGUAUUAAAAUUUAUCCAAACCAAUGGUUCUUUCAGACCAUUCCGUAGUGUUCAAUAUGACACUUUGAAGAUAUAUACUCAUGCCCAUGGUUCAAAAACUGUAAAUUUAGUGGUGAAUUUUGAACAUGAUGAUGAUUGGGUAUUAGACAUAAAUAAUGUAGAAAAGAAGUUACAUGAAUAUGGGAUUGAAAAUGAAACAGAGAUUUCAUUGUUUAAACUAGAAGAUUAUAAAGAAUUCAAAGCUAAUCCAACAGAAAAAUGGUUGUGA